AUGAAGAAGAUAAAAGACAGCAAUACACUUGUGUUCAUUGUGGAUGGCAGGGCCAACAAGCACCAGAUCCAACUGGCUGUGAAGAAGCUCUAUGACAUUGAUGUGGUCAAGAUCACAAUGAGACUUUGUGAUAAUCAGAAUGUCCUAAUGGUGAAGCUCGGGGACAUGGAAGUCAGACAGAUUCAACCCUGGCAGUCCCUGUUCAGCCGCCCACUGCAGUGGAGUUGUCGGACAAGUAACCGAAAGAGUUUGAUUGUGACCUCUAGCACAUCACCUACACUACCACGGCCGCACUCACCACUCCAUGGACACACAGGUAACAGUCCUUUGGACAGUCCCCAGAAUUUCUCUCCAAAUGCACCUGCUCACUUUUUCUUUGUUCCUGCCCGUAGGACUGAUGGACGGCGCUGGUCUUUGGCCUCUUUACCUUCUUCAGGCUAUGGAACCAACACUCCUAGUUCUACUGUCUCAUCAUCAUGCUCCUCGCAGGAAAAGCUGCACCAGUUGCCUUUCCAGCCUACAGCCGAUGAGCUGCACUUUUUGACAAAGCAUUUCAGCACGGAGAGUGUACCAGAUGAGGAGGGAAGGCAGUCCCCAGCCAUGCGGCCCCGUUCUCGCAGCCUCAGUCCUGGACGGUCCCGUUCCUUUGACAGUGAAAUAAUAAUGAUGAAUCAUGUAUACAAAGAAAGAUUCCCCAAGGCCACUGCACAGAUGGAAGAGCGCCUAGCAGAGUUCAUUUCCUCCAACACUCCAGACAGUGUGUUGCCCUUGGCAGAUGGAGCCUUAAGCUUUAUUCAUCAUCAAGUGAUUGAGAUGGCCCGAGACUGCCUGGAUAAAUCUCGGAGUGGCCUCAUUACAUCACAGUACUUCUACAAACUUCAAGAGAAUUUAGAGAAACUUCUGCAAGAUGCUCAUGAGCGCUCAGAGAGUUCAGAAGUGGCUUUUGUAAUGCAGCUGGUGAAAAAGCUAAUGAUUGUCAUUGCCUGCCCAACUCGCCUCCUGGAAUGCCUGGAGUUUGACCCUGAAGAGUUCUACCACCUGUUGGAAGCAGCUGAGGGCCAUGCCAAAGAGGGACAAGGGAUUAAAUGUGACGUUCCCCGCUACAUUGUUAGCCAGCUGGGCCUCACGCGGGAUCCCCCGGAGGAAAUGGCCCAGUUGAGCAGCUAUGACAGUCCUGAUACUCCGGAGACCGAUGAUUCAGUUGAGGGCCGUGGGGCAUCUUUGACAUCUAAAAAGGCACCCUGUGAAGAGGACUUCGAAACCAUUAAGCUCAUCAGCAAUGGCGCCUAUGGGGCCGUAUUCCUGGUGUGGCACAAGUCCACCCGGCAGCGCUUUGCCAUGGAGGAGAUCAAUAAGCAGAACCUGAUCCUACACAACCAGAUCCAGCAGGCCUUCGUGGAGCGUGACAUACUGACUUUUGCCGAGAACCCCUGUAGGACAGGCCCCACUAAACUUUUUCAUCACAUGGAAGAGGGAAGAGGGAGGCUGAGUCCAUGCCACCGGGAGGGUCAGGCUUCAAGUCUUCUUGAGGUCUGGGUUCUCCCUGGACUUGCUGACCUGGGCUCCACCUGCUCACCCGCCCCCUGGCCCACGCCCUCCCUGUCCACAGGCAGUGCUUGUGAGGUGAAGCAGCACCCAUUCUUUACUGGUCUGGACUGGACAGGACUUCUUCUCCAGAAGGCUGAAUUCAUUCCUCAACUGGAAUCGGAAGAUGAUACCAGCUACUUUGACACCCGCUCAGAUCGGUAUCACCACGUGGACUCAGAAGAUGAGGAGGAAGUGAGUGAAGAUGGCUGUCUUGAGAUCCGCCAGUUCUCUUCCUGCUCUCCCAGAUUCAGCAAGGUGUACAGUAGCAUAGAGCAGCUGUCGCUGCUCGAGGAGCGCCAGACACCACCCCCCACCAAGCGCAGCCUGAGUGAGGAGAAGGAAGACCGCUCAGAUGGCCUGGUGGGGCUGAAGGGUCGAGACCGGAGCUGGGUGAUUGGCUCCCCUGAGAUAUUGCGGAAGCGGCUGUCGGUGUCUGAGUCCUCCCACACGGAAAGUGACUCAAGCCCUCCACUGACCGUGCGGCGUCACUGCUCAGGCCUCCUGGACGUGCCUCGCUUCCCGGAGGGCCCUGAGGAGGCUACCAGCACCCCCAGGAGGCAGCAGCAGGAGGGCAUAUGGCUUCUGACACCCACAUCUGCAGAAGGGAUGUCUGAGCCUAUCCCUGAACGGCCAGUGGAGCAGCAGCUGAAGCUGGAUGAGGAGCCUGCUAGCCAGAGCAGUGGUUCUAGUCCAGCCAUGGAGACUCGAGGCCAUGGGACCCCACAGCUGGCUGAGGGAGCCACAGUCAAGGCCAUCAGUGACCUGGCAGUGCGCAGGGCCCGCCACCGGCUGCUCUCAGGGGACUCUAUAGAAAAGCGCACCACUCGCCCCAUCAGCAAAGUGAUCAAGUCCGCCUCAGCCACAGCCCUGUCCCUCCUCAUUCCUACAGAACACCACACCUGCUCUCCCUUGGCCAGCCCCAUGUCCCCACAUUCCCAGUCAUCCAACCCAUCAUCCAGGGACUCUUCUCCAAGCAGGGACUUCUUGCCAGCCCUCAGCAACUCGAGGACCCCCAUCAUCAUUCACCAAGCUGGCAAGAAGUAUGGCUUCACCCUGCGGGCGAUCCGUGUCUACAUGGGUGACUUGGACGUCUACACUGUGCACCACAUGGUGUGGCACAUGGAGGAUGGAGGUCCAGCCAGUGAGGCGGGGCUUCGUCAGGGCGACCUCAUCACUCAUGUCAACGGGGAGCCUGUGCAUGGGCUGGUGCACACUGAGGUGGUGGAGCUGAUCCUGAAGAGUGGAAACAAGUUGUCUAUUUCAACAACUCCCCUGGAGAACACAUCCAUUAAAGUGGGGCCGGCACGGAGGGGCAGCUACAAGGCCAAGAUGGCCCGAAGAAGCAAGCGGAGCCGGGGCAAAGAUGGGCAAGAAAGCAGAAAAAGGAGCUCCCUGUUCCGAAAGAUCACUAAGCAGGCGUCCCUGCUCCACACCAGCCGCAGCCUCUCUUCCCUUAACCGCUCCUUGUCAUCAGGAGAGAGCGGGCCGGGCUCUCCCACACACGGCCACAGCCUUUCCCCCCGAUCUCCCACUCAGGGCUACCGGGUGACUCCUGAUGCUGUGCAUUCAGUGGGAGGGAAUUCGUCACAGAGCAGCUCCCCCAGCUCCAGUGUGCCCAGCUCUCCAGCCGGCUCUGGGCAUACACGGCCCAGCUCCCUGCACGGUCUGGCACCCAAGCUCCAACGGCAGUACCGCUCUCCACGGCGCAAGUCAGCAGGCAGCAUCCCACUGUCACCACUGGCCCACACCCCUUCUCCACCACCAGCAGCUUCACCCCAGCGCUCCCCAUCACCCCUGUCUGGCCAUGGAACCCAGGCCCUCCCCACCAAGCUUCACGUGUCGCCUCCCCUAGGCAGGCAACUCUCCCGGCCCAAGAGUGCGGAGCCUCCCCGCUCACCACUACUUAAGAGGGUGCAGUCAGCUGAGAAACUGGCGGCUGCACUUGCUGCUUCUGAGAAGAAGCUAGCCACUUCUCGAAAGCAUAGCCUUGACCUGCCCCACCCUGAGCUCAAGAAGGAACUGCCACCCAGGGAAGUCAGUCCUCUGGAGGUAGCUGGGACCAGGAGUGUGCUGUCUGGGAAGGGGGUGCUGCCAGGGAAAGGAGUGCUGCAGCCUGCUCCCUCGCGAGCUCUAGGCACCCUCCGACAGGACCGGGCCGAGCGGCGAGAGUCACUGCAGAAGCAGGAAGCCAUCCGUGAGGUUGACUCUUCAGAGGAUGAUGCUGAUGAGGGGCCUGAGAACAGCCAAGGUGUGCAGGAGCCAAGCUUGGUACCUAACCCAGAAGUGGGCCAGGAUCCGCCCCUCAGAGGAGCAGGAGAGGGGGAGGAAGAAGACGCCUUCUUGCCCAGGGACCCCCUGGAGGAAGGCCCCGGUGACCCCCAGAGGAAGUUUGGGAUCCUGCAAGUCUUUGAGGAGGCUGCCAGCUCCUUGUCACCAACUCGCCUGGGUGGUGGGGCUGGACCCACAGACCCCAUCCCCCCUGAAGGCUGCUUGAAGGCCCAGCUCCUCCACACCCAGGCACUAACAGCACUUUGUCCCAGUUCCCCAGGACUCAUCCCCACCAGUGGCCCCCCUGCCUCCUCCACCCCUGGAGGGCCAGGCCCAUGGUCCUGGAAAUUCCUUCUUGAGGGCCCAGAGCGGGCAUCCAUAAGCAGAAAGGCAACAAUGGAAGGUGGGUUGGUCAGCUCCCAGGAUUUGGAAGCCACAACUCCAGCCCAUCCUGAGAACCUGUCUCCUAGGCAGGAGGGGAAGUCAUGGCCACCCAAUGCCCCUGGGCUGGCCCACCCUUGUCAGCUUUCCAGCCAAAGCUGGCGCUGGGAGCCUGAGUGUGCGCAGAUAGAGAAGGAGGAGCCAGCCCUGGGCAUCACCACAGUGCCUGAGGCCUCAGGUGACAGGAGGCAGAACCUUCCAUGCAGAAGCUGCCCCCUCACCCAGGAGCCUGGGCCCAACCUGCUCCAAAGGGGCCGAGACCCAGGGGCCCCUCACAAGCAUCAGGACUUGGCAGUGGCAACCAAUGAGCUUUUAAAGCAAACAUAA